GGUAAGGGCAGAGCCGUGGCCCUACGCGAUGUGUUACGUAAAGUGCGUACGUAAAGUGCGUAGUGGGAAGCGCCGCGCUCAAGGAGAUGUAGAGGAGCCGCGGCUGCCUGGGCGCGUUUCUCUCUCAGGACCCGGUUCGAGCGCAAUGGCUGCCGCUGUGGCCGUGUCUGUGUCCGUGGAAGCGGCGCCCGAGCGAUGCGGGCUGGAGGAGGAGGAGGAGGAGGAGAAGGAGGAGGAAGAAGGAGGAGGUCGCGAGGAGUGCGUGGCGAAUGAUGAGCCGGCGGAGGAAGAAGAGGAGGAGGGCGGCGCGGCGGCGCUCUCUGUGGGGGGACCGGGUCCGGGAGCGGGGACCCAGAGCCGGCUGGCCCGACUGCCACUAUCCCGCGUUAAGGCGCUCAUGAAGAUGGACCCGGACGUGUCUCUAGCCAGUCAGGAGUCCGUGUUCGCCAUCGCCAAGGCCACGGAGCUCUUUGUGGAGAUGAUCGCGAAGGAUGCCUUGGUUUACGCCCAGCAGGGUAAGAGGAAGACCCUCCAGAGGAAAGACCUGGACAACGCCAUCGAGGCCAUCGACGAGUUUGCGUUUCUGGAAGGCACUUUGGACUGAGAGUCAGCAGGAGGAGGGACACCUGGCGACUCGGUCAUAACCCCGAGAAGAAGCACAGACGCACGGCUCCCUCCCUUGAGAAAAGUUCAUCGCAUUUAUACAUGUCCAUUUGAAGUAUUUUUGUCCAAAGAAACUUUUUCAUUUGUGUUGGGUAUUUUCUACCACUUGCAGUCACUAUUUAAAAAUAAAAAUAAAAAAAAAAAAA